AUGGCCGAGAGACAGGUAGAGAUACGGGAGUGGAUGUGGGUCAGAGGGGGGAAAGGAGAAGAAAUGAAACGAGAAGCCAUGGGAGGAGAUGAGGGCCUAGGGGGCCGCUACACACCAGACACCACGCGACAAGCAAAAGUGUGCAGCGAUACAACAAAAGGAAUAGAAUCUCUACUUUUGAUAAGCAUCUUUCACACCAAAAGCAGCACUAGGGUUUUCUCUCGUGGAAAUAACUUCACUCUACCUAGCCUGGAUGAAAGUGCUGCUGGGAGUGGAGAUGGAGAUUCAAACAAGUGUUUGGCUGAACAUUCUAAUAGCACUUCUAGCAAAGACUCUAACAGCAGUUCAAAUGAAAACUCCAACAGUACUUCAACUGAAAACUCCAAUAGCAGUUCAGAUGAAGACUCUAACAGCAGUUCAAAUGAAAACUCCAACAGUACUUCAACUGAAAACUUCAGUAGCAGUUCAGAUGAAGAUUCUAAUAGCAGUUCAAAUGAAAACUCAAACAGUACUUCAACUGAAAACUCCAAUAGCAGUUCAGAUGAAGACUCUAACAGCAGUUCAAAUGAAAACUCAAACAGUACUUCAACUGAAAACUCCAAUAGCAGUUCAGAUGAAGACUCUAACAGCAGUUCAAAUGAAAACUCAAACAGUACUUCAACUGAAAACUCCAAUAGCAGUUCAGAUGAAGACUCUAACAGCAGUUCAAAUGAAAACUCAAACAGUACUUCAACUGAAAACUCCAGUUCAGAUGAAGAUUCUAAUAGCAGUUCAAAUGAAAACUCAAACAGUACUUCAAUUGAAAACUCCAAUAGCAGUUCAGAUGAAGAUUCUAAUAGCAGUUCAAAUGAAAACUCCAACAGUGAUGACCCCAACGGAGUUGAUAGCAGUCACUCCACUGAUACCACUUCUGCUAACAGUGACUCUAAUGAUGCAUGCAGCUCUAGUGAUUCCAAUGACUCUUCAGACUCUAGUGAUUCCAGUAAGUCAUGCAGCUCUAGUGAUUCCAAUGACUCAUCGGAUUCCAGUGAUUCCAACUCAAGUGAUUCCAGUGACUCAUGCAACUCAAGUGAUUCCAGUGACUCUUCAGAUUCUAGUGAUUCCAGUAAGCCAUGCAGCUCAAGUGAUUCAAGUGAUUCUAGUGACUCGUCAGAUUCCAGUGAUUCAGGCUCCAGUGACUCCAGUGAUUCUAAUGCUUCUAGUGAUUCCAUCUCAAGUGAUUCCAAGGAUUCCAGUGAUUCCGGCUCAAGUGAUUCCAGUGACUCAUGCAACUCAAGUGAUUCCAGUGACUCUUCAGAUUCUAGUGAUUCCAGUAAGCCAUGCAGCUCAAGUGAUUCAAGUGAUUCUAGUGACUCGUCAGAUUCCAGUGAUUCAGGCUCCAGUGACUCCAGUGAUUCUAAUGCUUCUAGUGAUUCCAUCUCAAGUGAUUCCAAGGAUUCCAGUAAUUCUGGCUCAAGUGAUUCUAGUGACUCAUGCAACUCAAGUGAUUCCAGUGACUCUUCAGAUUGUAGUGAUUCCAGUAAGUCAUGCAGCUCAAGUGAUUCAAGUGAUUCCAGUGACUCAUGCAGUUCAAGCAAAUCCAGUGACUCGAGCAAUUCCAGUGACUCAUCUGAUUCCAGCGACUCAUGUGACUCAAGUGAUUCAGACAAUAGCAGCAGCAGUAAGGAAAAUAAAUAAAAUGGCAAAAACGAUGAUGAUUUUAAGAAGGGGUUUCAUAGAAAAUGCUAAUGUAGCAUAGGUAUUUCACACCUGCAAAUACAGGGUGUGUAAAUUAAGCAUUACUGUCUAAGGUAUUUAUUUCAGAAUACCAAACAGUAGGCUUCAUUCUUAAAAUGUAAUGACAUGUCUUUGGAUGCACAGAAUUAAAAGACAGUAUUUAGGAAUCACAUUGGAAACACUUGUAUUCGUCUAUUCGGCAAAGCCAUUAUAAAUAAUACAAAACAGACUGCACUGUAAAUGCUUAUCAUGUUACCAUUUACUUCCCAUCUCAG